UCGCGCCGCGCAUGGCCGCGCAUCGCUAUGGUGUGGCGUUACCUUUCAUUUUGCAAUAAUAAAAUAAUAUUAUUUCAAUUAGAACAAAAUUGAUAACAAAACAAUGGGAUCUGUAAAAACAUGUUAUAUUGAAAGCAAUUACAGCUCCUUCAAGUUCUGAUUGUCAUACAAAGAGAAAACGCAAGUUAUCAUAAAGUACUGAUCAGUCGACUCUUAAAAAAACACAAGGGCUGACUUCAGUUCAAGAGGCUGAAAGUAUCAAGUUAGUGCAUGACAACAUGGGACCGACAGCACCAUCUAAAUCAGUGGUUGUUAAAGAAGAGCCCCCAUGGUCGGAUAGUGCAGUGAGCGAGGCAUACGUGCCUGCCAAUCUGCACUCUAAACAUGUGGUUAAUGAAGAGGUGCUGGCAUUGGAGCGUAUAAAGGAGGAGCCUUCAUGUGAGGCAGACAUGCUUGCCAAGCUGUACUCCGAUCAUGAGGUUAAAGAAGAGUUUGUGCUGGGACCGGAGACCAUGCAGCGGCCUAAGACGGUAUACACAUACUGCGUCCCCGUCGAGGUGGACGUGAAGCAGGCCCCCGCGGGGGCGGGGGGGACAGCAGUCGAGACGGAGAGCGAGACGGCACCAUGUGGGAGUGAGACCGCGCGAGAACCACAGGUUAAUAACAGCUUGACGUCAACAGAAACCGUCGAGGUGGAGCCGGAGCCUGCGGAGGCAGAGGAGACUGCAGGCGAGAGUGGGAGCAAGACAAAAGGGUCCAGUGGGAAACUAGUAGUCAAAGCUUACAUCUGCGAUACGUGCCAAAAAGUGUUUUCAAAUGCAUACCAUUUGAACAGACAUUCAAGAGUCCACACAGGAGAAAAACCAUACACCUGCACCAUCUGCCAUAAUAAGUUCGCGAAUUCACGGAAUUUAAAUCAUCAUCUACGAAUACACACUGGAGAAAGACCGUACGAGUGCAGUGUGUGUGAAAAAAAGUUUACGAAUUCGAGUUCUUUGCAUGUACAUGAGCGGAUUCACACGGGAGAGAGGCCACACUCGUGCGGAACUUGUGGAAAGCAAUUUGCACAAAGAAGCACGUUGGUACUUCACGAACGAACGCAUACUGGGGAAAAGCCUUACGAGUGCAAGAUAUGUCCGAAGAGCUUUAUAAAGUUGGCUAAUUUAAAGUUACACGAGCGAUCACAUAGAGGGGAGAAACCAUACGCAUGUAAACAGUGUGACAAAAGAUUCACACAAUCGAUGAAUUUAAAACUACAUGAACGAAUCCACAGGCAAGAUACGAAUGAAACGAUUUUGCAACAGCAGAUCUGUACUUGUUCUAACAUAUCGUGUGAUCGUCACGAAUAAAUCUCAUCUUAAAAUCGUCCCGCAUGAAUAGCUAAAGUCUGCCAACGACGAAGCUAGUUCUCCUAGUCCAGCUUUGAAGAGCCCUAUACAUAGUCGGUCCACAAGUUCUGUCACAAAGAUGUUUACUGAUAAAAAACAUAUAAAUACAGGUCUUUCAAUAUUCAUAACUAGGUUUGGUUUAAAUUAUUUUUAAUGGUGAAUCACAAACAAUGUAAAGUUUUGCAUGAUUUUACGUAAUAUUAUUGUAGUAGUAAAACACUUUAUUGUAAAAAAGAAACACAAAACAGGAAAAGACACACAAGUACAAAUGCGACCUUAUCCCUUUCAGAGAUCUCUUUCAGUUAACCUUUGAGCAUUUUAGGUAGAAUUGGAGACGUAGACAUUCAUACAUUUCAUACUGUGCAAAACGGUGUAAACGGCAUUUGUUGUAUGAGACGAGAUUCGAACAAAUCCUAAACUCGGCCGUCUUUAAGACGUUUUCACCGUAGCCAGCUUGAUCGUGGGGUUGAAGAGUGAAGGCUGUCAUGAAACUCGUGAAUAGCCUAUCAUCAACGUGAUUUUUAAAUUUGAUUCAUUUAUUAAUUUUUAAGUUAUCAAUGAUCUCAUAUUUUGUUAAAAUCUGUCACGGGCACUUUGUCAGAAGAACAAGGCGGCAAAUUAAAAAAAGUAGGGACGAAUGUAGUCUUCCCAAAGAAAAUUUGAAUUUCAGGCCAAUUUCCACUGACAGAGUGGGUGUACCAGAGUAUAUUUAUUACUUGUAAUAAGACUUAAAAAGCGCGUUAACAGUUAAAAGUUAUAUUAGUCUUAGCUGAUUUAAUCAGUUUAACAUUAUGGGACAAAACACAUAUCAGCAAUCAUCCUUAGAAUGUGUAUGUCAAAAUAAAUUGUCAAUAUGC